AUGAAUUUCCAAAAUUUUUUAACUAUUCUUCUUCUAUGCGUUUGGAAGGUUUUUGGUGAUCGAGUUCCUGAAUUGACGUCAUGGCACGAAUCAAGAUUUAUCAGGUUUGAUUUCUAAUGAUUGAAAGAUUAGAUGUUCAAAAAACAUGUGUUUUGGUGUUUUUUUAAUUGUGGAUUUUCCUAAUUGAGUAGUUUCUUUUCUUCAAUGUUCACAUUAUAUUUGGUGACAUUGCUAAAUUGACUCUUCUGAGCAACAUACUACUCUGCGUUUGAUAAAAUUGAGUUUCAAUCUCAAGACAAGAAUUAUUCACCGAACCCAGAAAACUCAACUUAAAUGUGACCUAUAAAGUCUUUCCGUGAUUUGAAGUCUUCUCGAUCUCAUUAUCAAAAAAAAAACACAUUUCGCUUUGUUUUUAAAGAAGAAAGAUUAAUAGAAUUUAUGAUUCCCAAGAUCUGUUAUCAUAUCUAGGAUGAACUUCUGUUAUCACAUCAAAUUCUCAAGGUGGUCCUACUUUAAGACUAUAGAAAAAAAAAGUGUUUUGUUGGUCUGAAUAAUUUUUCUUAUAAAUUAGUUUCAAACACCUUCUAUUUUACUGUUUACAGUUGUCUAUAUUGUUUGGAUUAUGAUCGAAGUCAUAUUCAAUUACUCGGCUGCCGAGCUGCGAAACAUCCAUACAGUUGUGUUGGAAAUGCAUGCUUUAUGAGUGAGUUAAAAAUGAGAUAAAACAAUUUCUUCCAGUUCACUGUAUCUUUUUAAAAAUCUCGACUGACACACUAUGAAAUCCAAUUAAUUAUCGUGAUGGAAGCGAACAUCACUUUCUCUCUCAUCUUUUCAAUUCUUCCGUAAAUGAGAAAAAAUAUAUUUUCCAGGGUUUCAUAAAGAUUUGGCUAGUCCACAAAUAAUGUAUACAAGUGGUUGUUUGAAUUUAACAAAUUCGGAAUAUUCCUCAAUUGCAAGAUAUCAACAAGAAUCAAAAGGUUAUAUAAAUGGAGAUAAAGAUGGGACAUUAUUAUGUGAAAGUACCCGAAAAACUGGAACAUGUAUUUGUUCGAAUAUGCAUAAAUGUAAUACAAUGGAUUUUGCACAUAAAUUUACGUAUGUUUUUUCUCCUCAGGCAAUAUCUGAUGUAAAACAAAGUUUUUUUUCGUGAAAGGAGUGACAAUUAUAAUUAGUGACGAUUAAGAUAGAAUACCGUUUAUUGAGUUUUCCUGUCUCUUUUGGUUUUUUUUGCAAUGUGAUAUCUUCCUCAUCAUUUGCGGCUUAUAUGAUUUAUGGAGUGUAGGAAGAAACAAACAUUUUCAGAUUUUCUGUUUGACCAGUGGCAAUCAUCUGGAAAUAAUCAUUAGAUCGCGUUAGGAAGUAUCAUGUUUCCACAUUUAUCUAUUGUUGUGUUGAAUAUAUCCAGAUCAAAACUAUUCUCCUAUCUGAAACAUGAUCAUUGAAAUCACGUCAUAUUCAGAAGAACACACAUUAUGUGAAAAUCAGAAAGAAUGACGAAAGCGUUUUGAAGAAAAAGAAGUUUAAUAAUUGAGGGGUGAAAAAUGAACUUUGAUACUUAUAUCAGUUAUAUGUUUGGAAAAAGUAAUACAUAGAUAUUUAUUUUAAUAAUUGUAAAGUAAAACAUAAAACGAAAUAGUAAUUGUUUUUUAAAGAUUAAUUAUGUGAAAUUUACCAAAUAAAGUUAAAAGGGCUCAAGGAAGUCGUUACUUUUUUAAAGGGGAUUUUUCUCAAAAACUUAACAAUGUGUAGUAACAAUAUUCAAAUUCUCAUUAAAUUUUUGAGUUAUCUUGGAAAUCUGAAAUCGCAUCAGGGUUUAUAUGACGCACAUUUACACUGAUAUGAGGUUAGUUUUUAUCCCAAUAUCAACAGUUCUCCUUAUUAUUUAUCCAAUAAAAUAUAUCAGAAGUUAAAAAAAAAAUGAAUUCCACCAAUAUUUUUCAGCGAAUACAACCAAACGGAAAUCUUCAAAAACGUGACAGUCAACGAAAUCAAUCAUAUCAAAUAUUUCCUUCCUCAAGAAUACCACAAACUUCAAAAAUCACACCCCCGUCGUAAUAAUGUGAAAAUUCAAAAAUCCAAUUCUAUUUUCAUUCCCAUUUCAUUUUCAAUUUCAAUUUUUAUUGUUUCAUCAUUGAAAAUCAUCGUUUGA